AUUUGGGCCUCACCAGUAUUAUGCGACAAAAAGAUCCGACUCGGUAACCCGAAUUCGAUUGAUCAAAAAUUUCUUUUCUUCGUUCAUUAUUCAGCAGCUCCACUUUGUAAUGUAAUUCUCAUUUCUCAUAAUUCAUCUCCCUAUUGCGUUGUAGUAUUGCGGAAGUAAAGAAAAAAAAAAUGAUUGAUUUUCAAAGAAAAUUUUCGUUCCAAUUUUGGCCUUCUAAUUCGCUCUAAAUCAACAAAUUACAGCCAGAUCUCAUUCAUAAAUCUCCUUGAUCUGUUGCGAUCUGUAUCAUAUUGAAUUUUGAGGAAGAUUGGUAAAUAAGUUAGAAAGAAAUAUAUGGCAGGAGCAGCAUCGGCGCUGUUCCUACUAGACAUAAAGGGGAGGGUUCUGGUGUGGCGGGACUACCGUGGGGAUGUCUCCGCUGUACAAGCCGAACGCUUCUUCACCAAGCUCAUUGAAAAAGAAGGUGAACCGGAUUCUCAAGAUCCUGUUGUAUACGAUAAUGGUGUCACAUAUAUGUUUAUACAACACAAUAAUGUUUAUCUCAUGACUGCAUCCCGGCAAAACUGCAAUGCCGCCAGCCUUCUGCUGUUCCUACACCGUGUUGUUGAUGUCUUUAAACAUUAUUUUGAAGAGUUAGAAGAGGAAUCCCUUAGAGAUAAUUUUGUCGUGGUGUAUGAGUUACUUGAUGAAAUGAUGGACUUCGGCUACCCUCAAUAUACUGAAGCGAAAAUUCUUAGUGAAUUCAUCAAGACUGAUGCUUAUAGAAUGGAAGUUACGCAGAGGCCUCCAAUGGCUGUAACAAAUGCAGUUUCUUGGCGCAGUGAAGGGAUUCGUUACAAAAAGAAUGAAGUGUUUUUGGAUGUUGUGGAAAGUGUUAAUAUACUUGUCAAUAGCUAUGGACAAAUAAUUAGGUCAGAUGUUGUUGGGGCGUUAAAGAUGCGGACAUACUUGAGUGGCAUGCCAGAGUGUAAGCUUGGGCUGAACGAUAGAGUGCUUCUGGAAGCGCAAGGUCGAUCCACGAAGGGAAAAGCCAUUGAUCUAGAUGAUAUCAAGUUUCAUCAGUGUGUGCGUUUGGCGCGAUUUGAAAAUGAUCGGACAAUAUCCUUCGUACCACCUGAUGGAUCUUUUGAUCUUAUGACCUAUAGACUCAGCACUCAGGUAAAGCCUCUGAUAUGGGUUGAAGCUCAGGUUGAAAGACAUUCUAGGAGCCGGAUAGAAUUUAUGGUAAAAGCCAGGAGCCAGUUCAAGGAGCGCAGUACUGCAACUAAUGUCGAAAUUGAGUUGCCCGUGCCAUCGGAUGCUACCAAUCCUAAUAUUCGGACAUCAAUGGGGUCUGCUUCUUAUGCACCUGAAAAUGACGCAUUAAUUUGGAAAAUAAAAUCUUUUCCGGGUGGUAAGGAAUAUAUGUUGAGAGCAGAGUUUAGGCUCCCCAGCAUAGUAUCUGAGGAACCCGCUCCAGAGAGAAAAGCUCCUAUACGCGUGAAGUUUGAGAUACCAUAUUUUACAGUUUCAGGAAUACAGGUUCGUUACCUGAAGAUAAUCGAAAAAAGUGGCUAUCAGGCUCUACCAUGGGUGAGAUAUAUUACAACCGCAGGUGAAUACGAGCUGAGGCUUAUAUAAAGUGCGCAUGCUUUUUUGGCUCAAAUGAUACAAUGGAAUCGAACUAGCUGAGGUGCCUUGUUGGUUACAAAUUUUUGAAGGGGUCGACUGCAGAGAAAAUGGUGAUGUUCCGGGCAAUUUUUCUCUAAUUGCUGUUUCUAACCUUGAGAUUUGUAACUAAACUCGUUUGCUUGUGUUUUUUCCUUUUGUAAGAAAUCCACUUCAAUUAUUUGUUAAAUGUUCUCGUACAUUGCCUAGUGCAAUCAAAAGCUGAAUCCAAAAUGAUAUAUGUAUUUUCCUCUGAAGAAAUGGUAUUUAUAGCAAAUAUUUCAUUGCUGGGAAUUCAAGUUA